CCUUGUGCUCUUUCUUUCCAUUUUUUCUCUCUCUGAAAACAAUUGGUGGCUUUGUAUCUGGUUCUUUGUGAGGUGUCACCAGCACUAAGAGGACAACAAAAGAGAAAUUCAAAUAACAAAAACAAAAGCAGCUGAACAUGAGUAAACCAUAAGCCCUGACGAGUCCCCCCCACUUUGUUCCAUUUUCCCUACUCUAUGAGCUGGGAUUGGCAGGGUUUUUUUUUUUUUUCUGGGGUUAUAUUCUUCAUUCCUUUCGUUUUUCUCUUUUGCAACUAUAUGCUUCUCCUUUCUAUCUCUUUUCCCAUCUAGGGUUGGUUUUAAUGGUUCCUGAUGUCCUUUUUCUUUUGUCUUAUUUAUGUAUAAAGUCUCUGAUUAUGCUGGCUUAAUUUGGAAAAAAACACUGCAGCUAACUUCUUUUUCCUCCUCUUUCUUAUCUGUUACUAUUGCUAUUUAUGUCCCAGAUUCUCUUCCACGUUUGCCAUAUAUAUGCAGAGACAUUUUCUCAGUGCUUACACUUGCUUCUCUGUUGUGUUUUGCUUGAUUUGAGAUAUAAAUUUUUCGUGGAAGGCAAUGACGAGACAGAAAAUUCAGAUCAAGAAGAUUGACAACACCGCGGCGAGGCAGGUGACUUUCUCUAAAAGGAGGAGAGGACUUUUCAAGAAAGCUCAUGAGCUUUCCACCCUUUGUGAUGCUGAGAUAGCUCUGGUAGUCUUCUCAGCGACUGGAAAGCUCUUUGAAUACUCCAGUACAAGCACGGGGCAGGUGAUUGAAAGGCGUAACCUGCAGUCAGAAAGGAUUAACGGUUUGGACCGCGUUCCAUCUCUUGAGAUGCAAAUUGAGAGUAGCGCGCAUGCCAUGUUGGGCAAAGAAAUAGCAGAAAAGACCCGAGAGAUGAGACAGCUGAGGGGAGAGGAGCUCCAAGGGUUAAACUUAGAAGAACUAAAACACCUAGAGAAAUUACUAGAUGCAGGCCUGAGUCGAGUUACAGAAACAAAGGAUGAGCGAUUUUUGAAAGAAAUCAGCAACCUCAAGAGGAAGGGAGCAAAACUGAUGGAAGAAAACCAGCAGCUGAAACAGCAAAUCGGGAACUCAUCAAUGGACCAAGCAAUUGUACCUCAACAAGGCCAAUCAUCAGAGUCAACUGCCCAUGUCUGGAUUUCCGCAGAUCCUCCUCAAGGCUAUAAUAACUCUGACAUUUCUCUCAGAUUGGGGUUACCUUUCCCUAACUGACUUUUGAAGGUUAGAGAGGUUCUUGAGAAGAAGUGGCGUUGCAUAAUCUUAUCUUUAAAUGCGUGUCUCAGUAAAUAUAGAUAUAUACAACCUGCCUCGUGUUUGCACAACGUACUAAUAUAUUUGUAGAGGCCAAGUUUAUUGAGUCAAAGUAAUUUGUUCCUGGACAAAGUCGAUUACAAUAAACUGAGUUUCGAAUGCUUAGUUAAGCGUAUAAAUAAAUGUAAACAGAGUCAAAAGUGUACACACAAAUUAAAGCUAGGGUUUGGAACAUGUACACCCAUUGAGUUUGUUUUGCAUAUCGGCAAAACUAGCACUCUGUAGCUGAAUGGAACUGUCUGAGCCUUAUUCCGGCAGGAGAAUGGAAUUACUCUCGACAACAUUCCCAGUCACUGCAAAAGAUUUGGUUGUAAAGUAUUUCAAAUCUCUUACCAUGUCUGUAGUAGUAGCAAAGCGCAAAUUAUUCUGUAAUUUAGUAAAUGGACUUUGAGGGACAUACUUGACUACCUAGCAAAGGUUAUUAGAGUUAGAACUUGACAUUCAUCUGGAAUGCAUGGAACUUCAUAUUUUUCUUUAUAAUCAAAUUAUUUAUAUCUUAGUUUUCGAUUCUAAUAA